GGAAGUAAACAUCUGGUCCUAUAUGGUAUUAAUUGCGCUUUUUAUUUUUUUAAGAUUCCCUGGUAGUUUAAGUAAAGUUAUAAGAAUCUUGCAACCAUUAAUUUCUGGCCACUGUACUAUGCAAAGCAUGAAUUUUGUCUUGGAACUCACGUGAAAGACAAAAGAUCACAUACAGUAAAAGACAGUAGCUUGAGUGUUCACUGGAAAGUGCAUAUUGGGAAGUUAUAGUGGUGAGGCUUGGUAUGUUACACAAUUAUUUAAGAUAAUACAAAUCAAAUUUGGACUCCGAUAGACCUAAUUGGUUUGAAUAAUGACUAUAAUAACAUUUUAAGUAACUACCUACAUUUCUUUUAGUGCAGCCGGUUUCCUCAAAUGCUCUGAUUAAUGACAUUUACAGUGUAGAUCCAACAUAACCUUUCAGGUGGUUAUGUUGAUGAGGAAGUCAAAAUGUGAAGUCGAAGACAAAAGUUUCAUAUCCAUUUUCUUCUGCAAAUGAGUCUGGAAGCAGAAACACUCAAUAGCAGUGACUCUUCUAGAAGUCUUCUAAUGACUAUCUGAAUUAUAAAUUGAAGGAAACUGGUUUGAAAGGGGAACCUCAACAUCUGCACCAAAAAUGGGAAGUGGGACUUCCUCUGCCAUGUUUUUGUGCUUCCUGCACUUCUUCUGGAUUAUUGUCAAUCCAGCAAGGGCAUACUCCAUGAAACAUUGCAUAUCUAUUAAGAUGAAUUUAAACUGCCGACAAAGGAAUCUCCAAACUAUACCCAGCGAUAUUCCACCAGUAAUUAAAUCUUUAGACGUUUCCAUGAAUAACAUUUCAAAAAUCAAGAAGUCUGAUUUUAAAAACAUAUCUGUAAUUAAUUGUAUGAACUUGUCCAGCAAUACGAUCUCUAACGUUGAAGACGGAGCUUUUCUACAUCUUGUGGCUCUGCAUGGGCUAGAUCUAGGCCAUAACAAACUCACCACCAUCUCAGAACACAUGUUUCAGGGACUGGCCAACAUGACACGACUACAGUUGCAUAAUAAUCUAAUUUCGUUCAUUGCAUGUUCAUCUUUCCAGAACCUCUCUGGUUUACAAAUAGUGAACUUAACCAACAACAAAUUACAUCACCUAAGUAAUGUUCAACCCCUUGUACAUUUGCCAAAUUUGCGUGAGUUGUACAUUAGUAACAAUAACCUCCACUAUUUUGAAUCUAGGGAACUAUCAAACGGGUCCAUUGGGCUGAAGGUUCUGGAUGUAUCCACGAAUCCUUUGGAAAGGUUCAGCAUCACAGCAAAUGUUCUUCCUAACCUUCAGAAUUUAAACCUCUCUUACUGUGGCCAAAAUGGAAGCAUGGAAUGGGAUGUGGCAGACACUGUUUUCCUCAGUAAAAUUUCCACACUAGACUUGAGUGGUGUCCAGAUGUCUGUAGACAAUAUGAGUAUGGUGCUCCAAAAUUUCACAAACACACACUCUUCAUUAGCAUCUCUGGCACUUUCAAAUUUAUGGAGAAAAUCAACUGAGAAAGUUGGCAUCAUCGCCAAUAUUGCCUGCCACAUACCUACUCUGAGCGUACUUCGACUGGGCAAUGAUUGCAUCAGUGUUGUUUCUGAGAAAUUGCUGCAGUCCUGCUCUCGAACAAAAAAGCUUGAUUUAUCAGAUAAUAUUAUUAGUGAUCUGUCUGAGUCCUCUUUCAGAUCUCUAAAGGGGCUGAAAUAUAUAAGACUGGACAACAACAGUCUUUCAUCUGUGCCAAAUGCCACAAGAAAUCUCUCCACUCUAAAAAUCUUGGAUCUGAGCUUAAAUAGCAUUGAUAAUCUAAACUGCUUGGAUUUUGCUAAUCUUACAGGACUCCUAAAACUUUUCCUUUACAGCAAUAAAAUACAAAAACUUGACAGCUGUGUCUUCCAGGAUUUGAAGUCUUUAAAGAUGCUCAGUCUAGGAGGAAAUUCAAUCCUGACCUUGAAUGGUGCUUUCACAAAUUGUUUGCAAAAUCUAGAGAGCCUUGAUCUGCGUCAAAAUAAGCUUAGCUCUAUCAAGCAGGAAGACUUUAAACAAUUAAAAUCAUUAAAAAGUCUUAUUUUAUUUGACAAUCAAAUUUCCCAUAUGGACAAUGGAGCUUUUGACGGAUUGUUCAACCUUGAAACCCUUAAACUGAGUUCAAAUAAGAUAAAUGCUAAAGCAGUCAAAGAUACAGUCUUCAGAGAACUAUCACACUUAAGAUACCUCUCAAUUAGCUCUAACCGGAUAGAAUAUGAACACGAUAGUGAGCUACGUCUUCCGCCAUUCGUGAACUUGUCAUCGCUCAGAUAUCUGGCCAUUUUCAGCCAGAAUCCACAAGGAAUGUUUAACAUACCAUCGAACUUUCUUGAAGGUUUACAAUCUUUAGAAACAAUCAGGGCAGGAAAUCUAAAUAUUAAGUUAUUGCACCCUAACACAUUCAGAUACACUCCAGAGUUGAAAUACCUUGACAUCAGCGACAAUAAAUUCACCUCACUCACUGCAGAGCUGUUUCACCCAAUCCCAAAACUCAUGGUCAUUUAUUUAUCAAAAUGUCAACUUGAAUCUUUAGAUUUCCUGAUAAAUGCCAAUUUAUUUCAAGUCAAUUACUUGCAGAUAAGCUAUAACCAAUUGACAGCUCUUAAUGAAACAUUGCUGAAUUCCCUUCCUUCUCUGACAUACAUGGACAUGAGAAAUAACUCGUUCAGUUGUAACUGUAGCAAUCUUUGGUUCAUGCGGUGGAUAACAAACAACAGCCAAACCCAAGUUGUGGACGCACAUCAAUAUCUCUGUAAAUAUCCAUUCAGUCAAAAAGGUACUUUACUGUUGGACUUUGACACCCACUCCUGCUCAGUAGACACCGGCUUAUUCUACUUCAUUUCCACCACUUCUCUGGUCCUUCUCACACUGCUGGGAUCCUUAAUCUACCGCCUCCUGAGAUGGCAGCUCAUCUAUUCCUACCACCUAUUCCUGGCUUAUCUCUACGACAACAAGCAGAAGAACAGGCGUGCAGCUUAUCAGUAUGAUGCCUUUGUGUCCUACAACACCCACGAUGAGCCCUGGGUCCUGAGGGAUCUUCUGCCGGAGCUGGAGGUGCGGCAGGGCUGGAGGUUGUGUCUGCACCACCGGGACUUCCAGCCAGGCAAACCCAUCAUGGAAAACAUCACAGACGCCAUCUACGGGAGCCACAAGACCAUCUGUGUGAUCAGCCGCCAUUACCUGGAGAGUGAGUGGUGCUCCCGGGAGAUCCAGGUGGCCAGCUUCCGUCUGUUCGACGAGCAGAAGGAUGUGCUGAUCCUGGUGUUCCUGGAGGAGAUUCCGGACCAACAGCUGUCUCCUUACCACCGCAUGCGGAGGCUUCUGAAGAAACGCACCUACCUGAGCUGGCCUAGAGCUGGGGAGCACACUGGUGUUUUUUGGCAGAAAUUACAGUUGGCUCUGGAGACCAGGAACUCCUCUGAUGAGGAAAACCCCCUCCUGACUGGGGUGGAGAGGCUAUAAGACUGUAAGAGAGGCUGUAAAGACAUUCUCAGUUACAAAAGUGACUUGGGUGGAGAAAUGGUUAACUGCAAUACUCAGUGACCGAAUAACUACUUUUUUUUACCUAUGUGAAUCUCAAAUCGCAUACUACAUACUAUGUAAUACAAAUACGUACUUCGAGGAUGAUGGUGAUAUACGCUGUGUUUCGUAUAUAGUAAUCUAGUAUGCCAGUAUUAGGUCUGAUUGGGAUAUACCUUGUCAGAAAAUUGUAUCUCAACAUUAGAUACUGUUGUCACGCAUUACCAUCACACAAAGUUUGAAUAUUUAGCUAGACACAAUUAAGCAUUGUGUUGGACUGACUAACGUUUCUUAUGAUGUCUACUUGCAGCACAAAUAGAAUCUAUGAACUGUAUCGCUUUGGCACUAGCCAUUUUAAUAGCUUAUAAGCCAGUAAUACUAGUAUCUUACUACUUGGAAUAGUCAAAAGAAUUGAGCAAUUGCUAGCAAGACUGAAGACGAACUUUACAUCACCAAAGCGAUUUAAUUUUAUGGCACAACGUUUUUCUUUCAUACAUGAAUGACAUUCAGUGCCAGCUCUAGCUUUUUGGGGGCCUUCAGCAACAUUUUAUUUGGGGCACCCACUCCUCUAUCGGUCGAGUACUCCCUAGCAAUCUGAGGCCCCCUAGCUGUCGGAGACCCUAAGGGAUUGCUUAUGUCGCUUUUGCCUGGAGCCAGCCCUGAUGACAUUGAUGCAACUAUUAAUAAUAUUAACUAUUAAUAUAGGUGACGAUAACCGACUUGUUCGUUAAGUGAAAAGAUGAUUGAAUCGUGGAAACCCCUCCCCUUUUACUGCACAAGGGGUUGUGGUCUAUAUUACCCCAAAAAGCAUGCAGGUACGGAUGCAUACUUCGAAAAUCCACCAGAAAUAGUCGACCGUCCGGGAAAUUUUGCCAUACGAUUUUCAGCGUACUACAGUAUGAGACAUACUAAUCUUCUCGCACAAUAAUCUGGCAUACUAUAUAGUAUGUUAGAAUGCGAUUUGAGAUUGAGCCCUAGUCAGCUUCAGAAGUUGAUCCGGCAACCUUUCAGUUACUGAUCCGAUGCUUUAAUCGCUAGACCACACGCUGCCUUCCAUGUAAUGUUCAUGACUUAUUAAGCUUUGACAUUUUCAAAUCGUUGUCAAUUAUGGUUCAAUGUGAUUAGCCAAUGUUAGCUAGCCUGCAAACAAAUUAAUAGCAAAAACGCCUAGGAUGAAUAUAACUGAACUAACCACCUAGUUUACUACAUUAAAUUCAAAUGUUGAUGCAAUUGUAGCCAGUGUUUCAUUCUUAGAGAUGGCUCUUAUUUCAGCUACACCCUGUACAUACCUGUCGUAUAUGAUGAAAAGGUUCUUGUUCCCAGAAACAAUUCCAGGGUCUAGAGGGGCAGGGCUACCACUAGAGGGCAUACCAUCUCCAGAAAUACAAUGUAUCCCAGUUUAGCCCUUCUGUCCAAGUUCAAUGACUGUAGAUCAUGCUUUUUUUUAUGCUGUGGGACGGUUGUCUGUGGCGGAUGUUUAAGAACAAGUUCUGAGUGUCCUGAAGGCCUUCUUCAUCCCGCCCACACAACACAAGCUGAUGAUGUAACACCAGAGCGCAUAGCAACACAACGCCAGCACAGGCCAAACUGUGGUUCACUCAGGGGGAACAUUAAAGGGGCAAUCUGCAGUUUAAACAAUAGCAAAGCAACAACCCAUCUCUCUUCUGAUCGUGUUUUGGAUCUUUAUAUGGCCCCUGUCUGGAUCCCUGUAUGUCUAUGUUUAAACUUAACUAUUGAGGCUAAGUUGUCACUAACUAUGCCUAUUCCAACUGCACAUUGCCACCAUAACUUUGCCAAUUCAAACUGCUCAUUGCCACAUUAACUACACCGAUCAGCCAUAACAUUAUGACCACCUGCCUAAUAUUGUGUAGGUCCCCCUUUUGC